AUGAAGGUUGCAUCUUGGAAUAUUAGGGGUUUUCACAAGCCCCUAAAACAUGGAAGGGUGCAACAUCUCCUUCAGCAAAAAGAUAUUCAAGUUAUGGCAUUGAUGGAAACAAAACUCAAUGAAGACUCACUAAGUCCUAUAUUACAAAGGAGGUUCUCAGGUAUGGGGCAUACACAUAAUUUUCACUUAUCUAAUCAUGGUCGCAUACUACUUAUUUGGGAUUUGCAUAAGGUUGAUAUGGAUAUUGUUAUGACUACAAAUCAGUAUAUACAUUGUCAUAUUCGAUGUCGUAUCUCUAGCAGGAGCUUCUUUGUCACUUUUGUCUAUGACCUUCAUUCAAUUGUCACAAGAAGAUCUUUAUGGGAGGCACUUGUAGAUUUAGGUGAUAAUAUUGCUAAUGUUUGGAUGGUUAUGGGUGAUUUCAACUUAUUCUUGUCUAUUGAUGAAAAGAAAGAUGGUUUUCCGGUCACAAAUCAUGAGAUGAGAGAUAUGCAGAUUUUUACACAAGCUUGUGGGUUGGUGGAUCUCCGUUCCAUUGGAUGCCUCUUUACUUGGUCUAAUGGUAACGUUUCAUGCAAACUAGAUAGAGCUUUGGUUAAUUCUUUUUGGUUGAUGACAGAUUUUGAUGCAUAUGCGGAGUUCACGGCACCGGGGUGUCUCUUGGACCAUUCUUGUACUAUUGUGCACACCUUGUCCAAAGAUCGGCCUCUGAAUAGACCUUUUAAAUUUAUAAACAUGUGGCCAUUGCAUGAAGAUUUUGAGAAGGUUGUGAAGGACUCAUGGGCAGCCAAUAUACAAGGAAAUGCGCAAUAUGUUCUUAAGGCAAAGAUGUUCCACUUGAAAAGGUGCUUGAGGGAGCUAAACAAGAAUAACUUUGGGCACAUCUCGGAGAAGGCAAAGAGAGAAAAAGAAGAAUUAGAGGAGGUCCAAAGGAACAUUUUAGAUGGUGGCCCAACUCCUAUGGAGUACACUCACAUAAGGAAGAAAGCUAACCUUUUGGCCAAAGCGGAAAGACAAUUCUACCAACAAAUGGCCAAGAAUGUAUACUUGAAGAGUGCGGAUAAAUGCACAAAAUCUUUCCAUGAUGUGGUGAAAAGAAACAACAAGAGAAAUGCAAUCAUCACACUCAAGAAACGUAAUAGGGACCAAACCACAAGUAUAAAUGAAGUUGCGGAAGAGUUUGUUGACUAUUUUCAUGGCUUACUUGGUAAAAAAGAGGCGUACACAUUUUUGGAUAGCAAUGAGAUCGCCGGAAGGAAGCUCACCUUGUGGCAAACUGAGUCUCUAAUCAAGCCGAUAAUGCUAGAAGAAAUAAAAACCGCCUUACAUGAUAUUGGGAGUGAAAAAGCCCCGGGUCCGAAUGGCUACGGUUCGAAAUUCUUUACCUCUUCUUUAGAUAUUAUUGGUAACGAUUUUAUUCAGCUGUGCAGGAAUUUUUCCAAUGUGGCAAACUACUAA